UAUAGAGGAACGACAAAAAAAAAUUACAAGAAAGAAAUCAUGUGGAAAUCAUUUCGUUCACGCCUAUUCCAUUUCGUCGGAAUAUUACGAAAGCAAUGAUGUAUAGUGAAGAUUGUUAUUUAGUAAAUUUCGCUAAAGUUACCUGGAAUACCAUUCGGCAAGCAUAUGCUUAAGUACGGUCCCAACAAAAUGUUUUACCUGUGAUUUAUUACGUUCAUCAUGACUACAAUGAAGAAUCCUAAUCCGUCGUCUUCUAAACUUGCACUUCUGAGCCAUAUCAAAUACGAACACCUGGUAGCUGGGAUAUCAGGUGGUGUCACAUCAACACUAAUUUUGCAUCCUUUGGACCUUAUUAAAAUUCGUUUCGCUGUUAAUGAUGGAAGAACCGCUACUGUUCCGCGGUACGACGGCCUGGGCAGCGCGUUCGUUACCAUUGUGAAAAACGAAGGCGUGCGCGGCCUGUAUCGGGGCGUCACUCCGAAUGUGUGGGGCUCCGGGUCCGCUUGGGGGUUUUAUUUCUUAUUCUAUAAUGCAAUAAAAACAUGGAUCCAAGGAGGGAAUGCCCGCACGCCGCUAGGCCCAGGACUUCACAUGCUUGCCGCUGCCCAGGCCGGUAUACUCUCCCUGGUGAUGACCAAUCCCAUCUGGGUGGUGAAGACAAGACUGUGUCUUCAGUACAGCGGGGAGCUCAAUGUAGCUGAACACAAGAGAUAUAGGGGCAUGGUUGAUGGCCUGUCGAAGAUCUACAGGACAGAGGGCAUCAGAGGAUUAUACAGGGGCUUCAUUCCGGGUAUGUUCGGCGUUUCGCACGGCGCUUUGCAAUUCAUGACAUACGAAGAGAUGAAGAAUAGGUACAAUCAGUACAGGAACUUACCUAUUGAUAUUAAAUUGAGCUCGGUGGAGUACCUGACGUUCGCGGCGGUGUCCAAGCUGCUGGCGGCGGGCGCCACGUACCCGUACCAGGUGGUGCGCGCGCGCCUGCAGGACCAGCACCGCAGCUACGCCGGCGCCUGGCACUGCGUCACCGAGACCUGGAGGCACGAGGGAUGGCGGGGCUUCUACAAGGGUCUCAAACCGAACUUGAUACGUGUGGUCCCAGCUACAAUGAUCACAUUCUUAACAUAUGAAAAUGUAUCGCAUUUUAUGCUUCAGCGUAGGCAGGAGUUAAAACUACCCUCUUAAGGCUGUAAGACAACUGACCUAAAAUCUUUGUAAUAGGUUUUUAACAGACUUUAACCAGAUAUAGAAGGUUCUACGUAUGCUUUCGUGUAUUGUUCAAUAUAUACAUUCAUAAUUUUUUUAGUAGAACUCAUCAAUCAGUGACUUUACGUUUUGUAUUUAUACAAUUUUGGACGUUCAAGGUUUUUGUGCUAAGGUUAGCUUGAGAAUAGUUGUAAAUAUUUAUUUCACAAUCGUAGUUUAAUCGUUAUCAACAUAACAUUAAACAUAAACAAACACUAACAUCACGUAGAUAGCGAUCUUGAUAAUGUGAGAAAUUGCUUUCUCCUUUUUCAGUUUCUACAAUAUACAGAGUUUAUUUGUUGCCUUCACACAGGCACCGUUUGCCAAAAGAAUAUAAUUUUGGAGCACAAAGUAAAUUACUCUGAUAAGGCACUAUUUUAUUAAUAGAACCAUUAAUUAAUCAAAGUGUUUUGUGAUUUUAAUAAAUGAUUUAUAUCUUUAUUUAUAAUCUAAUUAUGCACGAAUUUAAUUUAGUAAUAAGACUUAAAUUAAAGUCAAUCAUUAGCCAUCACAUUUUAGAGUUCGUAUUAAUUUAUUUAUAUUAGCCCCUUACAGGAACAGCCCAAAUGGGUCUUGAUAUCGAGUGACAAGUUACUUUUUGUAUUACAGUGUGAACGGUGAGUUUAGUGUUGCCAAUACUUGUUAUAAAUUCAUUAUUUUAUUACUGUGCGUUUUUAUAAAGUAAUAGACAAUAAAGGCUGUGUAACGUUCCUUUUGUGAUGAUAAUGAAUUGUUUCUGGACAUUAUGUUUUAGUGAAAUAGACAAAGUUUUUAUUAAUUUGGUAUUUGUACACUACUUCAAAUUUUUUUUUUAUAAAUAAUACUUAAUAUAAAAUAAAACUAAAUGAAAAUUAGUGUUUUAAAUGUAAUAAAUCAAUAUAAAAUUAGCUUACCUAGGGUUACUUUUUCAGUUGAGUGUUUAUUUAGUUUCGAUUUCCAGUUGACUUCAAGAAAUUAAAUAAUCUAUGUAACUUCUAUAUUUAAUUUCGUCAUAUAACUGCAAAUGAUUAGUAAUUUCCUUUCGUGAAACUUAUUAUUCUGUGUGCUUACAAUUAGUGUCGUUUUUUAAUUUCUUGGGAUGAAUUAAAUUUGUAAGAUUAAUGUUAAUGGUGUGAGUUUUUAUCCAUUCCAACAAAAUAAACAAAUUAUUAGUAUUAUUUGUUCCAAAUGCUGUUAGAAUACGAUCUUUUGGAAUAUAGCAUUGUAUGACGUCAACUGACUCCUGUUAUUUCUAUUUGAAUUGUGAAUUUAUGGUUAAUUUAGUUAGGAAAUGUUUAUGAGAGUAC